CCACACCCAGCGUGCUCGCCCAUGGCAAAGUUGACUCACAGUCGGUAACAGGACACCAGUGAGAGCCGGAGAGCCGAGUCCUCAGAUCCGUGCGAACUGGAGAAACACCCUCGAACACGGAGCAGAACACUCGGCGGCAUUAGUAAGACUAGAAACUAAAAAGCUUUUAACGGAGCAGUGAAGGAAUAAACUUCCCAGUAGACAUGGCGUGUUGCCUGAGAUUGGUUGUACUUCUUUUUCUCGUUGCUGGGACUUUAGGACAAGAAGGAUUUGACCUUGCGGAUGCCCUUGGUGAUCUAGAUCCACCAACUGUAAAACCUAAGGAGGAACCAAAGGCCCCGGAGAAAACUGAUGGUGGCUUCGGACUUGAUCUGAGUGAUGCAUUUGGACCAGACGAGACAGCAACUGUGAAGCCAAAGCAACCAAGUUCUGGUGAUACUGGUGAAGGUGGCUUCGGAUUUGAUCUUGGUGAUGCAGUGGGCCCAGACACCGACCCCAAACCUGACAAACCUGCUGUCAAGCCACCAACGAACACAGGGGGUGGUGGAUCAUUUAGUGACUCCGAUUUGUCGGAUAUCGGUGGAGGUGGGGAGUACAAGCCAGAUGGAGGCAGCUCAGGAGGCCGUCCAGAGGGCCCGGGCUCCGAUUCUCACGGCGGUGCUGAUCAACCUCAAGAAGCUGGACCUGGAGCGAUUGCAGGAAUUGUCAGCACCAUAGGAGUCGCUCUGGCCGGGGUAGCAGGCAGUUACUUUGCUUACUAUAAGAAAAAGCUCUGCUUCAAGCUGCAGGGAGGUGUGGAUCCUGAAAGUGGUAAAGCCGGGGCUGGCACUCACUCUGAACCUCAAGUACUCAGUAACCUGCUCAGCACAAACUAGACGGCCUCUUUUCCAAGCACAAGACAAAGGGGGUCUCUACAUCAACAACAUAGAAGUUUAUUCAACUUCUAUGAGACCUUCUCUGCAUCAUUCUGCAGCCGGAUUAGUUAAAACUAUAAAAAGCUGAAGCCUAACUGACAACUGUCCAACUCAAAAUAGUCACGUACCAUUUAUUUCUCCAUUCACUUUGAACAAAACCUCAAUCCUGGUUGUUUUAUAGAGCAAAGUGGGGAUUUCAGCAUGUAUAUUUGCACGGAGCUCUGUGUCCAUGUGCUUUGGCUGUGUGUGAGUCCGGUACCAGCUUUCUUUCUUUUCAUAAUUUUAACACUGUAAAGCGUGUGUAGUUUAACAAAGUUGCUAAGUGGGUGGGGCACGGUGAGGUGGACAUCUUUUUUUCCUAUGGUCUUCUGCGAUACAUUGUGGUAUUAGACUCACUCAGUUGGCAUCAAAGAAGGAUUGAACAAACCUUUAAUUGUAUUUGUUUGGCUCAGAAUGUAUAUACUUCUACUCUUUCAUCUAGCUGUUUUUUUCAGCUUAAGCUCCUAUCAAAGCAACUCAACACUCUCUGCAGAACUUUCAAACUAAAAGCCUACCACUAACUAGAUCUGUUGAGGUAAGGCUUUAAUGUGAAACUGCAUUCCUCAGGAAGGGCCUAUUUUAAUUGACAGCUAUUUAAAUUAGAAUUCAGUCAACAGUGGACAGCGCGAUAACAAGAUAAUUAAUCAGCUGAUUAUUAGCAAUAUAUUCUAUUUUUAGAUAUUCAUUGUCUUUACUGAUCUACAUGAAGGAUUUAAGUGGCACUUCAUGGCGUUGGAAAUAUAAACUACAAUUGUUUUUUCAAUAUUUGCCUGGCUGUUUGAAUAAAACAUUUCAGAUAGUUUCCCCAGCCAAACAUUAAGUUGACAACAAAUAUCGUGAAAUUCAGCAUACAACACAAGUAAGCUAUAUCGAAGAUGUAAACUACCUAAGUCAGAGUAUGUGUUAUCAUAUAUGACAUCCUUUUUAGAAUUAAACAUUUUUUGUAACUGUGUGAGCACCACGGCUUCCCCAUGUCCUGAUCUCAUCGACUGCUGGUGCCGGCUUGUGAGCUCUUUUAUUUAGUUUUAUUCUUUCAUAGCUGCACUGACCAAUUUUUUGCUGGUUACAAACGCACAGAAAUUGUGUUUCCCUUUGGUGAUUUCUUUGCUUUAACAAGCCAAUGUCGAUAUUAAAGUGAGACAUCUAACAUUGUUAUAUUUUUAUUAUUCUAAUUUAAGACUCUUUUUUGACUUUAUUUUUGCAUGCAAAGCAGCAUUACCAUCACUGUUGAGUCUGUUUAUUUUUAAAGACAACUAUUAUCAGCUGCAUUUAUGUCUUCAUUACAUUUUGGUGCAUUUUGUUAUUCAUGUGAAUCCACGAAGAAAAAGCAUCGAUUUCGCACAUCCUGCGAUUAGACAAAACCAAAUAGACAAAACAACUGCAGAUAGGUCUUGCCUAUUGUGCCAUUUAUCUGUUCGUAUGGGUCUUAAGUUGCAAUAUGCUCUCUAGCAAUGUAAUCAGUUUUUUUAAUCACAAAUAUGCACACUUAUGCACACUAAUAAACGUUAUUGCAUCAGGGAAUGCCAGUUGAGCGAGAAUUGUUAUGAUGCCAAACAAUACAUUGAAUUGCAUCCUUGUUGAGCUGUAAAUACUUGAGAAUAAGGUGUAUAGAUAUCCGCUUCAGGCUGCGUGCUGCAGUGUGCUUUGAGCAUUUCAAUAUCAAAAUGAGCACGAGCUCAAUUUGAAGUAUAUUUUGAGUAUUUCUUUUGUUGCAACUUUUACAAGCAGAAACUUGAUUCAGUUUUUAUCUCAUCCGAUGGGAUAAAUGUUUCUUUUUGAGUGGAUUUAACGUGUGUGUACAUGUUUUCAAUAAAGUGCUGUUGUGUACAGUU